CAAAGAAACCAAACCAAAAGCGUCGUUCAACAACAUGGCGAAAGGAGGCAAGGAACCCGCAACAGUGAACUUCGUCCAUCAAAAUGAUAUAUUGUGCGAAACUAUAAGAAAAGAGCAGAAGAACCAGAAACUUUAUACUAGCUACAGUAUAAACCCGUUUAAGAAAAUGUACACAUUGACUGGAAAACCAAAUUCUACACACGACUCAGCUGAUGGAGAAGAAGAUGAUGCAUUUCUAAAAGUCAUCAAAAGAGCCCAUGAGACCCCUGUUGAAAAAUUUGAAUUUCCACAAACUGAAGCGCAAGAGAUUGGCUGGAUGACAAAACCAUUGAUUGAUGGACAAAGAAGUGAUCCAAGGUUGCACCAUCCCAGGCAACAUAGUGAAAUAACAACUUAUAUGGAUGCAUAUUGGAGACAGAAAGAACAAUCUGAAAAUCUUAACUGAAGCAAAUGUCUUAAAUAAACAAGAUACCUAGUCUUUGUAUAUAUUAUGUAUUUUUCUUCAAAUUUUGGAAGUUUUAGUUUUACAUGUUCCUUAUUUUUCAUCAAUAUCUGUUUGAAAUUUAUACAAUAGCAAAUCUGAUGUGAGUUCUACACAUGACUGAAUUCUAAAACAGCAGAUUUGCUUGAAUAAUCAGCAAAUUAUGAUUUGUCUCAACUACUUAUCAUGUCUAGAUAAAAUAAAACUCUGGUAACCCUUGAAGACCAUAAGUCCAACUCCUUCUAAUCAAAACAUUUCUGGGCACACAAAGAGGCAGACCAUUUGAGUGAGGCCAUGAUAACAUUUGAUCCCCUCAAGGCUCUCAUCUAAUGCUGGAGAGAAGUUACAGAUUGCUCUCUCAGAUUUUUUAAAAAGUGAAUGCUAUCCUUGAAAUUAAUGUUUCCUGUGACUCUUUUCUUAUUCAUUCACAAAUAGCUCGCUUGGAAAUUACUAGGAGAGCUGUUUGCUGCUACUAUGCUAAAAGUCUUAUGGCCAGGCCUGU